CACCUGCUUUGCAGCUCAGUGAUUUUUAUGUUGCUUUCUGACACCAAGUGAAAGAGAUGCACUGAUAAAAAAUGAGCAUGUGACCUCUCCUUUCUUCCCUGCUUCCAGCUUUUAACCUAAUGGGUUGUGUUUAUUUUAUUCUGCAUGCUUACCAGUGGAUCGUAAAGGUGGGAAUGCUCAUAUGAUUUCCUCUUCUUCAGUUCAUAGCCGAACCUUUCAUGCUAGUGAUGUGUCAGGGCCUAUGUGUAAACAUAAGAAGCCCCUGUCUGCAGCGAAAGCCUGCAUUUCUGAGAUCCUCCCUUCCAAAUUCAAACCCAGGCUGUCAGCUCCAAGUGCUCUCUUGCAGGAAAAGAAGAGUGUCCUGUUGCCCCCAGAGAAGGCUCAAAGCUAUGAAAACCUUUGUAGCUCCCCUGCUUCAGAGGAUUCCAAAAGAACACUCCCAUUGCAAGGAGGAGGAAGCAUUGAAAACCUUCUUAUGCGGGUGAAGCGAGAGUAUGGCACCAAGUCUGGGAGUACCCAGAGCCUCCAGGAUUACGGGGCCAGUGCCAGGAAGUAUUGCCCCCUCUCCAGGAAGGGAGGUAGUGAAUUCACGAUGCUUUACAAAAAUAUGCACCACAUUAACCGAACUGGGCUCCACCUGGGCUCCGUCUCCUCCUCCAGUGUCCGGGACCUGGCGUCCCAUUUUGAAUCCAGUAACCUGGGAGAAGCCAGGGGAGAGUUCCACCUCAGCCAGCAGAGCUCUGAGCACAUUCCGAAACACACGGUCUCCUCACGGGUCACAGCAUUUGAGCAGCUGAUCCAGCGGUCCCGCUCCAUGCCGUCCCUGGACUUAUCAGGCCGACUGAGCAAGUCUCCUGUGCCACUGCUGUCCCACAGUGGUCUGAGUGCGGCCCGCUCUGCUGAAUCCCUCCUAGAAUCUCCCAAGCUGCACCAUAGGGAGAAGGAUAUCACAGAGCACCCCACGGUGGCCUAUGCUUCUCCCUCCUGCAGCAAUAUGGAAGAGCCAGCUUUGAAUCUUAGGGCCCUUCUACCUGCUCACCCUCCCUCAGCCUGCUCAGAGGAGCUUGACCAUCUUUCCACCAUCUCCAAUGACAGUCGGGAGGGCAGCACCAGCAGUGUGCACAGUGAUUCUCAGAAACAUCGGCAUAACAAGUGCAAGGGUAGCUGUCCAGCAUCUUACACCCGCUUCACCACCAUACGGAAGCAUGAGCAGCAGCAGGCCUCCAGGAGCCCUGGCUGGAGAGUGGACAUGGGAGGGGACAAGAACAUUGUCCUUAGAAACAUCUACCUCAUGGGCCCCCUGCCUUUCAGGUUGAAAAAGCCCCUCCAGUACCAUGCCCGAAAGCUUCCACACAGUGACUCUUCUGGCCCAACGAUGCGGCAGAAAGCAGAAUCCCAAACUCAUCCCCUUGGGAAUGAAUUCAGCCCCAAAGGGGAAGGGAAGCCCUCUGUUCCCAAGCGCCAGUCAUCACUCUGUGUCCUGGAAAGGCUUAGCCAGGUCCCAGAACCCUCUCCAAAAAGAGCUGUGAUUCCAGAAGACUAUCUGGGCACCCUUAAACCCAGUGGCUUGGGCCCGUGUUUAGGUCCCAGCUUGGAUAGGAACAACAACCCGCAAAAUGACCUUGGAACACCCCCCCGAGGUGGCUUUUUGUCUCCUUUACCAGUGUGACCUCCUCCGUCUUUCCCAUUUUGCUUGCCUUGUGCCCCUCCUUCCUUGUCCCUUGAUGCUUGUCUCCUGGUCUGUCAAUUAUCACCUCUGUGUGUUGCUUGGCAUUUAAUCAUGGCUAAUAGUGGCUGCCCCUUUUGAGCAAAAAUGAAACAAAAACAAAAACAAAAACAAAAAUAAAAACAAAAAAAGAAAAUGCAUCUGUUAUCCAUAGAAUUAUCACCAAGCCCUACAUUGAAAGAAAAAUUGGCCACUUAGAUUGCAUGAGGACCAUUAACAAGGGAAUUCUGGAGGUUCCUAUUCUUUGCCUCUGUCCAAACCCACUUGAAUGAGGAGCAGCCUCUCACGUUGGCCCAUGUGUGUGAAUGUGUACUUUGUCCCAAUAAGACCAUAUCGGUCUUAUUAGUGGGGAUGCUCAUGAAAGGAGAUGCUCUGUUUUUAUCUCCUUUCUCAAUUCACUGGUUUCCUCUAUUCUCAAAUGACCCCACAAGUGGAUCCCAAAAAAGGUGGGAGGGAAAAGUAGAGGGAAGGAGAGGAGGCCUAAUAUUCAAUAAGUUUGAUAUUUGAUCUUUCCAAUAUUUUGGUGUUUUACCUUCCCAAUAUUCAAUCAGUUUGAUAUUCAUGAAAAUGCCUUAAAACGUCUAUUGUGGGAGAGUGUGUGGAUUGCCAGGAAUGUGUGCCCCCUCCUGGGUUUUUGGGAAAAAAACUCUGUGUGUUUUAACUCUGUCUGCUAUG